UUACAUUUUAUUCGUCACUCGCCAUAUUGUUUUUAUUCCAAAAUGGUUGACGAACUGUAGUGUAAACAGCUUUGUUGUGUUUUUUAAUGAAAUAGUGAUUUCUUAAACUAUGUUAUUUUCUUUAAUAUGUGAUGUGAUAGAUCUUUUGUUUACGCUGUCAUAAAUAUGGCUGAGUUUCAUAGAUCCCGUUAGUUGCUUUCGAUAAAGUAGAGGCAAGAUGGAGUUGCAGUUGAUUAUCUUUAUUUCUGUGUUACAAUAUGUUUCCGGACACUAUCAGUUAUGUGAAAACAACACCAAGGUAACACGUAGCUGCACGACACAGAUACUCGGAGCUGGUCAUUCAAAUGUAAAUUCAUGUAAAGUGGAAUAUAUUCCACCGAACAGUGCAGAUUGUAUUGACAACUUUGGCCCAAUGUCAUCAAACUCUCAUAUUGGCGGAGUGAAACUGAAGCCUUACAUACUGCCAUUUGUCCAUCAAGACAACAGGACAUAUUAUGCUGUCAAUUAUACAGUACUGAACAUCACAUUUAGCAAUAUAAAGUGGAAAACCAUGAAAUUCCGUUUCCAAAACCACAAGAAUGUGGAGAGCCACUGCAGAAACAUAGUUAUAUCGAACGAUGUGACGAUUAACGACCAAUCAGUUUUGUACUAUGACUGCUACUGGUCUCUUACGGAUGGCAAUUAUAAUGGACAGAGCCAUAUACUGGAUUUUGAGGCCACUGAUGAUUCGGUUGUUAACAGGGGCCAGUAUUACUUUAACAUACCUUCCGCACAAAUGUUGAGUCCAACGAUAACCGAAAAAUACUGGAAACCCUUUGUAUACAUAGAAAACUUGACAAGUUCAAUGAGAUUACACAUAAUGCCACCACCAGAUCAACUCAAGAUCACCGCUUACCAAAUAAGUAUAAUGCGAGAGUGCGAAAAAGGCACCCAGUGCAAUGAAACUGUCAAAAACACUACUGUCAAGUUGAGGAAUGACACUCAAGAAGUGAUGUAUGACUACAGUUGGCCAAUCAAAGCUGGGUCUUACUACUUCGUUGUGAGUCCAAUACAUGAGAAAUGUAAAUGCGGCGAAGUGAAGUGCACGUUUGUCAAAAGUCCAAAAAUUGUCAUCAGCGUACAAGCUCACCAGACACUAAACAUAUGCAUUGCCAGUAUCACUGCGUUGGUUGUAGCUACAUUGUUCGCCUAUUACAUAGUGCUUCGCGGCAUUCGACGAUACUGGUGCAAGGAAUAUGGACAAGAGAUCCCUCCACCUACAAAAGUGUUAGUGAUCUACUCGCCUGCAAACCGCCUCCACGCGGAAUGCGUCGCCUCAUUCGUCACUUACCUACGUAGUGAAUACGGCAUUGACGUUAUGUACGACGGGGAUAUAUCCAGCACAAGCCACGGCGACCCUUACUACUGGGCGGAGGAAGCCAUGAAGUUGGCUUCACACAUUGUUUACAUAGUGGGCCCAGCGGAAAACACAAAUCUCUACAACAAUAUAUACGACAAACCCAUCAACGCACAUACAAACGUUGAUCUCUUGCUGCUAUCUCUACUCAAAGCAAUCCGAGCGUCCCGAUGCCAAAAGGAAAUUAUGAAUGUUUUCUUUGAACACUCAAACGGUCCAGUACCUAUCGAAACUAAACACGAUAAAGUUUUCUUCCUACUUAAGGACUGGCAGAAACUCAUUGCGUUCCUAUCAAAGAAUUUACUGCCCAAGAAACAGAUAAUGCGCACGGAGAAGGGUAAAUGUUUUCUGGAUGAUCUGUCAAGGGCCAAAAAACUGUUAAAUGGCAGGAACGAUGAUGUUAUAGUUCGAUGCGAGAAGAAUUUUGUUGAGAAGAAAGUUCUACUGUAAAUUUCUGGCUACAACUUUUUUGUUUAAAUGUCAAAAAAUUAUUUUGCACUUAUACCAUAACGUGUUAAAAUAUUUUUGUUCAGUGGUCCGGACAGUCAAACUGAACAUGUUUCUAAACAAAUAUUGGCUGAUCCCAUAUCUAUCAAAGAAUGUUGCUGAAACAUUAUGUUACAAAGAUCACAUACUAUUGGUACUGAAUAGUUUGAUGUGAGAAGAUUUGGGAAGAGAGUUGCACUUGUUUUGCCAAUUGAAAUACCAGUUCCACUGGCAUUGUUUACAGGAUUCACAAUUUUUAUGUAGAUUACACAUUGAACUAGAUAUGAAAAGAAUUUUGUUGAGAAAGAAGUGCUACAUGAAUUGAAAUGACCCAAGGCAUUGGUUACAUGAAAUAGUGUGAUUAUUAAUACAAUUUAAUAUUGUGUUAAGACAUAGCUACGUGCAAUAUUGUCUGUGCAAUUGCAGGCUGUUACGAAUGUGAUGAAAUUUGAAAGAGACGUUCUUGCGCAAAUAAAUAAACUGUUAAUUUUAUAAAAGUGUUACGAAAGCAACUGAGUUGAUUACUUACCUACUUAUGAGGAUUAUACACACAGAGUGAUCACAAUAAAGACAAACAAGCAACUUGCGACUAGAUCAUGCAUUUGUUGCCUUCUGGAUAUUGAAUCUAAAGGUAAAUUGACUUAUGACACGUUGCUAGCAUAUGGUACGAAGAUACACAUACAGUGCCCUUUAAGAGAACUUGACGCUUAUUUUGUGUGCAGUAUGCACUGGUGUAUGAGCUACUAAUUUCACUAAGAACAAAUUAAAGAACAAAUGGUUUAAUACAAUGCAAUUCGACACUGUCCCAUUUACAUGUCUAUUCUAAUAUGGUCAGAGGAAAAGAAGCUUUUAUUUGCAGUGAUACGGUACAUAAUUGCGUGUAUGCCAUUAUUUUAGGUCAUUAAGAAAAAGUGUUUAGUAAGCUGAAUAGCACUAUUGCAUAGAAGCUAAGGUUUCUAUUUCUUUAAAUGUUGUAACUAAGUGACUCUUCUGUCUUGACUAUUGUAUUCUGUGGUAAUGUGAACAGCUUUUGUCGAGCAUAUAUAUUUUAGAAUUUGUGCACAUAAUUUCAGUGAAAUGUGUUGUGAGUGUUAAAUGUUCUUUUAAUAAAAGGGAGUGAAAAACUAUAUAUUAGGACUAAACUGUGGAUUUUUUAUUUAACUUGUGUGAGAACUUUCUUGAUUUCUCUACCCCAAGUACUAAGUUUUAUAAAUUUACUAGUGCCAAUUCACACUUGUGAUAUGUAUACAACAGAUUUGUACUAAAAAAAUCAUACUUCAGAAAAACUUUAAAUCAGAUAUUCAGUGUGAAAUGGCACUGUAAAAAUAGUAUUGGUAAUUCUGCUGUCACAAAAUUGUUCAUAGUUUCUACAUGUAACUUGUUCUAGGGGUUGCUGUAUGUUAUAAGAUGUUGUCUACUUUUAUUGAUAGAUUGAUAUUAAAGUAUUCUCUGUAACACUUUAAAACUCUUUUAAUGAGUGUUUAUAUUUUUCUAUAAUGCAUAUUACACAGAAUGCUUCAAUAUUAGAAAACUCAUAACUACUAUUGCACCUAUAGUCUAUUUUUUUAAGAGGUUAAAGUCAUCCAUUUAUUCAACUCAACUUAAGCAAACAGACAAUCAAUUAAGUAUUCUCACAUGGUUUUUAUCUUAAAAUAUGCAGAGUAAUGGAACAUGCCAAGAAUAUAAUUAUUAGGUAACUUAAACUAAUUAAUCUCAAAGUACUUGAAAGUAUGUGUUCUGAGGAGGACAUAUAUGUUUGGAUGUUACCAAAAUCUCAGUGUUGCCAGUGAUUUCAUAAUAUGUCGCAUAAAGUGUGUGUAGCAGACUAUGUUCAUAAUCGUAAAAAAAAACAACUGUCUAAAACUAGUUUUUAGACUGUUACGAGUGAUCUUAUUUAUGUAUUAGAAAGUUAUUGUCUGACAGCUGGUCGAUGUCAUUGCAAGGUGCUGGAAAAGCUGCCUGUAUAUCGGAACACUUAAAAAAAUAGACUAGUUGGUUCAGGAAUAUUUUUAUGGUUAUAUAAUAUAUUUGUAUACAUAAUAUGUUUAGUCGUUGUUGUAAUUCUACCCAGUUGAUAUAUUUGCUAAGUCAAUACAUAUUGAUAUGCCAAGCCACUUGAUGUAAUGUCAUAUUUCAUGUGGUAUAAUUGGUUUAGUUAUUUAUUGAAUUUUUGAUGAACUCUCCAAUGUCCUUUGCAUUUAAUCCCCAGGCUAGACAAAGUUGUUAUAAUAAAUUUCUAUGGCAAAUCUAAAGUGCUAAGAUGCAAGUGAGAGAUCGCCAAAUAUAUUUUAAAAAAUUGCCUAUCUGUCUUGCAGUAUUUUUUUUUUGCAUAUAACAU